AAAGUGUGACGUGAGCGGGUCUUCAUCCGCCCACUCGCAUCCCCGGUGCUGCAGGAGUUAGAGGAAUGCCCGUCGCUCUCCGGCCUCCCUGUGUCUCUCUCUUUCUCUCUCUCUUUCCACGCUCUUCUGGCCGUUUCUUUUUCUUCGUCUUGACCGCCAGUUCAGCUUCUCUCCACCUUGCUUUUAAAAAGAAAAAAAUCCUCCUUUUUCUUUCUCCAUCGGCGCCUCAGAGCUGAGUGAGGACCAUGAAUCUGAGCUCUGUCUGCUGUGAUAUUCAACAUUCAGAAGACCAUCCAGCGCGUUAGGACGCUCCCCACUCCUUAACGCUGAGCAGCCCGUGCACAUGCACGACACCAUGGGUAGCUCCCCAGAGGUGCUCUCGUGGACUUCCUGCCCCAGUCUGCUGGUGGGCAAGCUGAAGGAGGAGCUCAAGCUCUCCGGGGCCGUGGACACGGUGAAGAAAUCAAACUCGCCCGACUCCCAACCUCCGCCCCCUCAGGCCCCUCCGUCCAGCUCCCCUCCUCAGAUCAUCACAGACCUUGCGCCGCCGUUGCACCUGCCCGUCCCCACGCAGACGCUGCACACGCCCGGCCAGGACGAGGACUCGGUGCUGGGGGGUAUAAGUCCCCCAAACGUAGCCUUGAGUGUGGACUCGACGCGGAGCGAAGGGAGGCACUUUGACAACAGCGUGCUGCAGCUGCAGGAGCACGAGCACGAGGAAGCGGGAUCGCCGGCCUCCUGCGAGCACGGCGAGUGCGGCAGCGGGAUGGAGGAGCAGACGGGAGAGGGCGAUUGUCAAGUGGACCACAGUGGAGAAGGAAAGCAGAACAACCACCACCACCAUCAUCACCACCACCACCACCCCGACGACAUCAAGCUGCACUUCCAGAGAGCGGGGCCCGGGUCGGGGGGGUUCUUAGAGGGGCUGUUCGGUUGCCUUCGCCCCGUGUGGAACAUCAUCGGGAAGACAUAUUCGACAGAAUACAAGCUACAACAGCAAGACACGUGGGAGGUGCCAUUCGAGGAGAUCUCUGAGUUGCAGUGGUUGGGCAGCGGUGCACAGGGAGCCGUCUUCUUGGGAAAGUUCCGCUCUGAGGAGGUGGCCAUCAAGAAGGUGCGUGAGCAGAAGGAGACGGACAUUAAACCCCUGCGAAAACUCAAGCAUCCCAAUAUCAUCAGCUUUAAGGGGGUGUGCACCCAGGCGCCUUGUUACUGCAUCAUCAUGGAGUACUGUGCGCAGGGCCAGCUGUACGAGGUGCUGAGGGCGGGGAGGAAAGUGACCCCCAGGAUGCUGGUGGACUGGGCCACAGGCAUCGCCAGCGGCAUGAACUACCUUCACCUGCACAAGAUCAUCCACAGGGAUCUCAAGUCUCCCAAUGUUUUGGUCACCUACAACGACACCGUGAAAAUCUCCGACUUUGGGACGUCCAAAGAGCUCAGUGAUAAAAGUACAAAGAUGUCCUUUGCGGGUACAGUGGCCUGGAUGGCCCCUGAAGUGAUAAGAAAUGAGCCCGUGUCUGAAAAAGUAGACAUCUGGUCAUUUGGAGUCGUGUUGUGGGAACUUCUGACCGGAGAGAUUCCCUACAAAGAUGUGGACUCCUCAGCCAUCAUUUGGGGUGUUGGCAGCAACAGUCUUCACCUCCCCGUCCCCUCGACCUGCCCGGACGGCUUCAAAAUCCUCAUGAAACAAACCUGGCAGAGCAAGCCCAGAAAUAGGCCUUCAUUUCGUCAGAUCCUCCUGCACCUUGACAUCGCCUCUGCUGAUGUCUUAGGAGCUCCUCAGGAGACCUACUUCAAGUCUCAGUCAGAAUGGAGAGAGGAAGUGAAGAAACAUUUUGAGAAGAUCAAAAGUGAAGGCACCUGUAUCCACAGGCUGGACGAGGAGCUGAUCCGACGCAGGCGGGAUGAACUCAGGCACGCUCUGGACAUCCGGGAGCACUAUGAGAGGAAACUGGAGAGAGCUAACAACCUCUACAUGGAGCUCAGUGCCAUCAUGCUGCAGCUGGAGGUCCGAGAGAAGGAACUAAUGAAGCGAGAGCAGGCGGUCGAGAAGAAAUAUCCAGGGACCUACAAGCGACACCUCGUCAGACCCAUUGUCAGGACCAACGCUGUAGAGAAGCUCAUCAAGAAGAAAGGAAGCAUGUCCCACAAACCUGGGGUGCCCUCCACCAAAAGACCCGACCUGCUUCGUUCCGAUGGCAUCCCCAGCCUCGACCCACUCCCCUCGCCUCUAUCGGCCAGCCCCAAGCUCUCCACGCCUCCCGGAAAGGCCCGCUACCGAAGCAAGCCGCGCCAUCGCCGCGCCAACAGCAAAGGAAGCCACGGCGAGUUCUCCGGGCUGCUGAGGCCUCUCGCAUUAGAGGACACCCAGUCUCUCCAGGAGCAGCCCUUCCUCCUCCUCCACCACCACCACCACCACCCGCAGACCGAGGCGCCGUUCCUCCCCUUGAAGGGCCGGGAGCAGGCCGUCGUAAACUGUGCCAACAACCUGCGCUACUUCGGGCCCGCCGCUCCCCUCCGUAGCCCUCAGACGGACCACCUCCAGCGCCGCGUUUCUGAGCCCAGCCCUGACCUCAUCUCCACCGCUGUGGAUGCAGACACGCGGCAGCACACUUCGUCCACGGGCCCCGAUCCUGUCCCGGGCGCCGGCGCCGGUACUUUGUGUCCCUGCUGCCAGGCUCACCCCUUCCCCGGCUGCCUACACUGCCAGGAGACCCCACCUGCGUCGAACCAUCCGGAGUUGCCCCACUACUCGCUGCUCAACACCCAUGAAGGCACUGCGUCUCUGCCAGGGGCUUCGGGCAAAGAGCCGGCCUCAGACGGAGGGGCCACUAAGGAGGCUCAGCCGCAAGAGCAGCAGGCCUCCCAGCGCACUCCCACCCUGCUCACCGCCCUGCCCCGCACCCUCAGGCCUCUCAGGAAGGGUGGCGACGAGUCAUCUGAAGAGGAAGAGGGGGAGGUUGAUAGUGAAGUGGAGUUUCCGAGGAGACAAAGACCCCAUCGCUGUAUGAGCAGCUUCCAGUCCUACUCCACCUUCAGCUCAGAGAACCUGUCGGUGUCUGACGGAGAGGAGGGAAACACCAGUGACCACUCCCACAGCGGGCCCCUGGAGAGGCUGAGCACCAGUCAGGAGGAACAUCUGGACGAGCUGCUGUCUCACACACCGGAAAUCCCCAUUGACAUCUCCACCCAGUCAGAUGGCCUCUCUGACAAGGAGUGCGCCGUGCGCAGGGUGAAGACCCAGAUCUCUCUGGGGAAACUGUGCUCCGACGAACACAGCUACGAGAAUCCACUGCAGUUUGGGGAUUCAGACUGCGAUACGUCAGAGGCCGAGUGCUCCGAUGCCACCAUCAGAAACAACAAAGUCGGGGCCCCUUCCUCCUGGUGAAACCAAAGGGCUCGGUUCCGUUUUUUUGCCUGGAGGCCAUCGUGUCCCACACAGCCUUGCAGAAAAUACAGCAAUAAGAGGACGACAUUGUAAACAAAGCUCCUUAUAGCAAACCCCCUCCAUGCAAUCUCUCCCAGAGCCACCCUUCCCUUCAUUGUCCCUCAUUUCCCUUCCUCUCUUGCACAGCAUCCAGGCAACCCAUGGCAGGGAUUCCCUUUUGAAUGAUAAUGUACAGUAGAACAUUCAUAAUUUAUUUUUGUCUGAGUUUCAAAGGCAAAAUCUGAAACUUAUCUGAUCAUUCAGAGAGAAAAAAUAAACUUUUUAAACUGAGCAAGCGUGUGUGAGGAGGAGGAGGAGGAGGAGGAGGAGGAUGCUGAUGAUGAGAAGGAUGAUGUGUUGAGGUGAAGUUAAAUCGCUGUGAUAUUCGUUUUUUCAGGUGACUGACGCAGACAAGAAAUGUCACUACAAGCUUUUUGAUCAUUGUUUUAGACUGAAAUCCCUCAAGGAUCUGAGUUUAUAGCACAGAUCCUUGUUUCCCCCCACCACUCACACAGUAGCUUUUCAAUACAGUUUGAACACCAGCAUGAGCAACUUGCCUCGCAACAGGACACCCUUUGUUUUGAAAAACAACAACAUGUGUCUAGUCGGCCGUCGGGAUCCCCGCUGAACUGUCAAAGCAUGCCUGCGCAGAUUGCAAAAUGCAAACCGCUGCCAGAAGACUGCAUGAAGCGGACGAGUUAGCAGAGCAACGCAGAUGAGGACUCAGCUGACAAGAUACAAAAACACAGAAAAAAAUAGAUUUUUCCUCUGUGGCCCGGCUCAUCCUUCUCCGAGACACGUCAACGUCACUGUCAUCACCAAUCAGAUGUCAAGACCAGAGUUGUUGAGGGAGGGAGUGUGUGUGUGUGUGUGUGUGUCGGUGUGCGUCUGUGAGAAAAUGGUUUCUACAGUUUCAAGUCUCAUCUCAGGAUUGCUCGAGGUCUGAGAAACUGAACUGGACCAACUAUUCACCAUAGGAAUCUUCUCUGAGUGGCAUGUAAUAUGGACCAUACAGGAAUACAAAAAAAGUCUUACAGAGAGCCUUCGUGUUCAACCCUGUGUUGCUGUAACUGACAUUAAUGUUAUGUAGAGACAUAGAGCGUUUUAGUUGAAAUCAAGGUGCAGUAACCCAUUUCUUGACACCACUAUCACUACAAUCUACCAUUUUCUAGCAGGGCCAUUUCUACUGGCUGAUACCCGAUGUCCAAAAACAAUAAUUGUUGUUUGUGCUCUAGUGAAUAAAACUGCAAUAAUGCAGGUUGGCGCUCAGGUGAGGAAGAAGUUCCUUUCUCAGGAUCUGAGGCGUCUAGCUGGCUAGACACAAAACAUUGAGCGGUGGCUGCAGGCGAGCAGCAAGUGUUUAGCAGCUCUAUUCUACAUUUUCAGAAAUUGACCUUUGGGGGGUGUUUGAUGCUCAGGUUUCAUGUCGCUGAUUGAGAGCAGGAGCAAUAUAUCAACAAGCACUAGAUGAAGAAAGCUACAAUGACUUACUUUCAGCUUGUGUUGUUUAAAUGUCCCGGCUCAAUUCAUUUGAAUUUAUUUUAUUCCUACUUGUUAUCUUUUGAACGGGGAUACUGCACCGUUGAGAGCUUUAUAUUUAUCCCUAUUUGAGUGUUAGUCAUCCCCAUGAUCGUGCGGUUGAAUAAUAGCCAAGGUUGAAUUCAACAAUAGUGAUGUCACAUUGUCGGCUCACGUGUAUGCCGGCGGCUGAGGUUCUGAAUUAGGAAUUAAAGCCAGAGACGAGGCCACAGAGCAAUAAAGACGCUCUUGGUUUUCAACCACCUCAUCUCAGUGUAUGUUACUCCUGUAUAUAGGCGUCUAUUAUCUGUUAAUGUGAUCGGUUUUUCGCCUCCCUAUAACGUAUCGACUAAAUGAGCAGGAAAUAAUAUCAUCUGUAUCACAUCAGUAUUGGGCACUGCAGGAGGGUGCAUGAGUAGCACGAGGUGAAUCUAAAACUGUACUAAUGGAUCAACUACUUUUUGCUUGAAAGCUUUGGAACUAAUUAUACCUGAUACUGAACGCAGCUGCUGCUUUCCUCGAGCCUCCUCCCUCCGUUUACGUUUGUGUGAAAUGACCUAGUGUAUUGUAAUAACUGGGUAAUCCGAUCAAGCUGUUCAUAACAUUGUCUUUCUGUCAUACCCUGUCAAGUUUGAUUGUUGUAAAGUUUUCAUUUAAUAUCGAUUCUUGUUUUUUGUUUUUUUUGUAGCUGGCCUACGUGAUUAUUGAAUUAAUUUAUUAUGAAUGACUGGUUAGGUUUCAGGCAGCUUAGGAAAUGUCAUGAUCUAUGAUUCCUCCUGAAAAGUAUUAUUAAAAGGAAGCACAAUGAAUAGGAGAGGACAGUAUUUGCAUGGGAGAACAAGAGCAUUGCAUACCAAUGGCAUCAUUUUGUUGCUUUGACUCAGCAGGGGACCAUACAUCAUUUAGAUCAUGUACUGAUUUGACAGACUUAAGUUACCAAUGUCGUGCAUUCCUAAAGUUUUUUUUACUUUGUAUCCCUCCAACGGCUAUAAGGAAUCACAAGUACAACCAAAAUCUGUUUUAGCAGGAUAAAUGAGACCUUAAACUGGAGGCAUGUGUAAUGCUGAUUUCUGUACAGAGAUCCCUUCUAUUUUAAAUUUAACUAAAAUGCCAGAUACUUACUUCUGGGUUUUGGUGGAAUUGUUUCCAACUGUAGACAUCAUGUUGCCUCAUCCAACGUUUCAAACAUGUUUUUUUGUUACUCUCAUCCCUAACUCCCUUUCUUGUUGAAUGGCAUUACGAUCAACCAAUCCCAUCAUUUUCCUGUAUAAUCCAGUGUACAGUGCAUUUGGUAUCUGGGAGAAUAAAAUCAGAGCAAACAACUGCAUGGAAUAAAUGCUGAUGUACUGUACCCAA